AUGACGAUCGUGCACAGACCGGCGGCGAAUAAUAACGGAGUGGCGAGCAAGGCGACGACUGGCUCCAGCAAGGCGUCGAACGGCGUGCACAGGACGCACGGCGGCGUGCACAAGAUGUCGCAAGUGUCCAGUCGAGCGUCCGCUCAAACGAACGUGUCGGUGGAUCACAGUGCACAUUAUCAUCACAACGCGGCGAACGGUAGCGCUUUGACGGCUUCGUUAUCGAACUUGGCGGAUAUGGCGGCGCGCGAGGCGCACUACGUGGCGUCGAUUCCGCAGCACCAGAGCACGAGCACGAGCACGAGUCAGGCGAUUAAGAUCGAUGAGGAAUCUCACAGAUCGUUCCCUAUGAUGACUGCUGCAUAUCCAGGUCACUUCGCUGCACCCAUGGCGGCGACACAGGCGCCAGUGUUUGAUGCGUACAACCAAGCCAUGGCGCAAUACAUGUUGCAGUUGCAGUCGCUCGCAGCGCAACAAGGGGACGGAAUGAGUCACAUCAACCAAAUCAAUCAGAUGAAUCAAAUGGCGUGGAUGGCGCAGCAAAAUUUGGCUUACCAAAUGGCGGCGCAAAACUACGCCGCAACUCCACUCUCGCCGCAGCAAAACGCCAACUUUUGCCGUCCGACGGCAAUUUACGCGGCCAAGUCUAUUGAUGACAACGUCGGCGAGCAGCGUAAUGCGGCCAGCGGAGGGGCCUAG